GAGCGCGCGUUCUCGCUGUUUAAAACAGUUGUGCGCGAGCUGUCUUCAGUCACUACCGUAGUAGAGUAGCUUAGCAUGAAGUAACUAGUCUGAGUUUAGUAAUAGUUGUCACCUUCCACCGUGGAGAUAAGACAAAGCAGAUGUCGUUUUUAGUACAAAAUUGUCUUUUUGUUUAUUUUUUAUUCUAGCAGUGUGUUUGCGAGAAGAAGCUCCCACGUUUUAGCUGAGACGUUCACGGACAUCGCUUGCAUGAAACUGUGUCCAGACAGAAGCAGUGGAUGCAACGACACUCCUUUUAUAGCAGAAGAGCGCUAUCGGCUUCACAGAAGACCAGCUGACCGCAACACAGCACACCUAAGACCCGCUAUGUCCCUCAGCACGUUCCACCUCAUGCAGACCCUGAAGAACUCCCCUGCGGCGCUGCGGCGACACUUCCGCCGUGACCGCACGGAAUCCCUGUCGCACGGUGACCCGCUCUUUAAGGUCCACUACCUCGGCACAGAGAAAAUCUUCUCUCUGGAUCGGGAGCAGGCCCAGGUCGCCAUCGGCCGCUUGCUGGAAAGCGUGGGCAACGGGAAGAAGCUGAGCAAAGAUCACGCCUUGGUGGUGCGGCCUCGAUACGUGGAGGUCAAAGAGUUGAGCACAGGGCGUCAACUCACCAAAACGUACCUGCAGGACAUCGCGUACUGCGCCGCGGACGCUACACGCCCCAACGUCUUCCUGUACAUCUGCAAGCACCACGGGCAGCAGCUGCAGUGUCGCGUCUUCUGGUGCAGCAGAGCCGAGCGGGCGCGGGACAUGACCGCUUGCCUGGCACACUCCUUCCAGCAGGCGCUCAGCGACUGGCAGCAGGAUGGCGAAGUGUGCAGGAGGCGCGCGGAGGAAUCGGACGACUCGCCUGAAAACACCAAGAGCUCCACGCUGCCUGCCGGUCUGGGAAAAGUUCACUGGAAGCAUAGAGGAUCUGUGUCUCGCAGCCCCCUCAGAAGCAUCACCAGGAGGGGGUCCGCCUCGGACAGCUGGAGCUGAGCCUCCCCAACGAGGAGGACUGGUGCUCUUUCUUCUCCCCUGAUUGGCUGCUGGCUUUUUAAAAAAGGGUUGCAAAGAAGGUUGGCCUGAAGCUUGAAGACCAAAAGUCCCAAAACGAUGAUUUUUUUGUCAGCACUUUUUUUCAAAAAUGAUUUUUAAAUGAAUCAUUCCUUAACCCGCUCACAGAGGAGUAACAUUUUGACUUUUUUUUUUUUUUUUUAAACGACAUGUUGGCACUGCAUGGAAGGCCGCCCAGCCGUGACUUGCUGCUUUGUUUAUCACGGAACACUGGGAACGCUGUGUCCUGUCGGAGAGCCUCUUCUUGGAAUGUGUGGCCAUGCACCUGCAUUCCCUAGCAAAGAGUCUCCUUCUCUUCUUCCGCGUGCGAAUGUGACUACUCUUCGUCUCGUGUUCACUCGGACCAUAAGCACCACUUUAAACAGAAGGUCUUAUGGUUUACAAACAUGAACCAUCUCAGUCUCAUCCGAACCACAAAAGGUGUUUUUUAUUAUGUGAUGUAUCUUUACAAAAGGGACAUUUUAUCAGUGUUUUUUUUAAACGUAAUUAUGUACAUAUUUAAUUAAAUAUCUUUUAUACA